GUAAGAAAUCAAAUUUCUUGUCCUUAUUAUUAUAAAUCCUAUAGUCGUAACCAAAAUUUUAUAAACCUCGCCAUAGGCAAAGAACAAUUAACCAGCCGUCUAAGUUUGCACAAGUCACAAACACCUUUUAGUGAAUAGUAAGCAAAGUCUAAAUGCGACGUGAAGAGAAACGAAAGAAGUUCCAUGAGGCGGUUCUUAAAACACUCUAUCCACCGCCAUCUCCACCGGACUCGGAGGGGGAAGAGGAAGAGGGAAAGAAGCCUGGUAUCAUAUCAGAGAGGACCGUUACCUUGGAGCUUGAAAACCCAGAUGAUUUUGGAGAGAAUGGUUCCUCAACGAGUGACGACGAAGACGAUGGAGGUCAAUCUGAGACUCUGAAGCUGAGUAGAGCUCAAAGGAAAAGACUUCGUAAGAAAAGGCUCAAGGAAGAUGCUUUCCGCCGUGGAAAGAUAAUUGGGCCUUUGUUACCAUUGUCUGAACGUGAUGGAGUUGGCUCGUUGCAGACUGAACCGCAAGGUGUUCGAGAAAAUGCUGUACAUGACCAAGUUGCCUCAAAUGACAAGCCUGGCGAUCAGCAAGGUGGUUGCAGUAGCAAGAAGAAGCUGAAGCAGAGGAGAAUUGCUAAGAAGGCGGUUAGGGAGGGGUUGAAAUCCACUGAAACUGAGAAACCUGAUUCAGAUAAAGAGCAUCAAGUCUACUAAAAAGAAGUGCGAUCAAGAUCAAGAAUUGAAGUCCUCCCCCAUGGAGAGUUAUGAUCCAGAUGAAGGUCCUUGUGUGGUGAAGACUCAAGUAACAUUUCACCUGCCACUGCUGCAAUGCUGUAGGCAUUACAGAAAGAAAAUAAUGUAACUUAAGAAUAGAUUCAUUAACUUAAAAUUACCGAUGAAACAUAGGUUCAUUGUCGAGGAAACAGCAUUUGAGAGCUUUUAUCUGUGCUUAGCUGCUGCUGCUUGUUGUUCUCUUGCUUCCUCAGGUUUAUCAAUGCUUUAGUUACCUUUUUGAAAUCAUCCAGAUUUGUCA